GUUUUAAAUCUAUAUAUCAAGUAUGUUCAUGUAAUGUUGCUUUUUAAUUUAAAGUCCAAUUACUUUUGUUGUACAUUCAAGGUUUCAGUUUUACUUGGAUUUAAAAAUGUCUGUACACAGUUUACACGACUUAGUAGAGGCAGAGUCGUACCAAGGAUACAACAUUGAUAGGAAUGGAGAAGUGACAGAAUUUUACGACCACAGAAAUGAAGAUGGGACAAACAGUAUUUCAACAGCAAGACACCCCUUGGUCACCACAAGCCACCCAGCAACUACAGUUGCUACAACCCCGAAAAGGAAAAAAGUUCGAUACAGAGAUGCAGGUUGCUGUGAUGGAUGUGUGAAUUGUUUGAUCACGAUUGGAACAAUGCCGUUUGCAACAGCGUUUGCUGUCUUGCUCUGCUGGCUAGGAACAGCCAUGUUUAUAGGUGGUGGUUGGUCUGCUCUGGAUGGUACAAUGAAUUUGUGGGCACAAUUUGGGCCAAUGGCUGGCAAUCCAUACAAUCACCCACCACCACAAUACCUAUACACUGGUAAUGCACUAACACCACAGUUCAUCAACUUAAACAGAGAUGAUUUAGGAAACAGAGUACCUGCUGUUUUCCAAGCGAUCAAGUAUUCGUUUUACGGAUUAAUUCCAUUCAUGUUUGUGUUUACGAUUAUGUUAGCAUGUGACAAUCGUCAUUCGUCUCGUGCCAUGGCUUCUAAGAAACGAAGUUGUAAAUCAUCAAGCUCAGGCAUCUGUCUCACCGCUGCGCUCAUAGGUGUCACAUACAUCCUCAUACUGGCUUGGGUAUUUUUCCUUGCGUUCACAACGCUUGGUGUCUACUAUUAUCGGAUAUCUAUGCUUAGAUGUUCUGAUUUGCAAGAGCGAGAAUUCAGCACUGGUGUUUUAAAAGAUGUUUGCAUUGACCUUGUACAGUUAGGCGUCAUGAUGUUCAAAAACACACAAGACAAUGGAUUUGGGAAACUAUGUGGACCUGGUGAUAGCAUGCAGAGUUAUGGGAAACUGGAGGGCUACUGUCAGAAUUACUACGUGGUGUACCAGUACAUGCUUGUGGCUUUUAGUGGGUGCUUGCUUAACAUUAUCGCAAUGAUCAACUUUAUAAUGAUUCUUACUAUUAACUACAACGAUCUUGCCCGCAAACGAGCGGCCCCAACGAGAUCUACGGCCUCUGCUGCUCCAAGCCAAGCCUCGACGACGCCCAUAGUAGCACGCUCUGUACGUAGCAUACCCAACACCAGUGUAGGGCCCCCGCCUUACGUGGUAAGCAAUCGAGACUAUGACAGAGAACGGCGCUCGUCUAAAGACAUAGAGUUAGAUUACAUGUUAGAUUCUGCAAGCAGUUAUGAAAGGCCUCGUGAAGAAGAUAGCCACAUGGGUGUAAAUUAUUACUACAGACGCUAAGGUUUGGUUUAUAAACUUUAUAUGUUACAUAAACAAAACUCAAGAAGUAUAUUUGUAAAAAUACUUCGAAAAAGUCGAAUUUUUGUGUCUUUAUGAAAAAAAACUCUUUUUAAUCUGCUAAAAUGAAAUGUUUAUGGUGUUUUUAACAAAAAAAAUACUUUUUUUGUAUUUGCUUACUUUUUACUGCAUAUGCUACAAAACGGUACGACUAUAUAUAUUAUAUAUAAUACCUAAAUAGUUGCAUAAAUAUAUAGUAGGGUGAGGAAAGAUGGGACACGUUUUGAUUCUAUUUUCUCGUCUCAUUUGGUAGUAAACAAACAACAUUUGAAGAAUAAUAAACCCUUAUCCUCACGACUCCCGUGGAACGUUGUUAUUUCUUUAAUAAACAAUCCGGUUUUUGGAUAUUAUGUGCUAAAGGCGUCCCGUCUUUCCCCACACUAAUAUAUAUAUAUAUAUUGAUAUGUUGUAUGUAUACACACAUGCUAAUGAAACAUCAUGUUUUACUGACCAGUUGGUUAUGUUUUACACAAUCAGAUAUCAUACAUUGCUCGUUAUACUAUACAGUUACCAUUACAUAUGUAUUUGCCUGGUCGCAAACGGAUAAAUAGUUUUUGUCCUUUUUAUAUAGUAGAUGGGGCAUGAUGGGACAUGUUUUUACUCAUUGUCGUCCCAUUUGGUUGUCAACAAGUUAUAUUUACAGAAUCAUAAAACCGAAGCCUCUUUUUUUAAAAAUGCGUUGUUAUUUGUUUAAAACACGGUCAGAAAAUAUGGGUUUUAGGUGCUAACAGUAUCCCAUCUUACCCCACAAUACUAUAUGUACAGUGCUGUUGCGUGAAACUUAGUUUUAUUCUAGUAAAAUGAGAGCUGUCGUAUCGUGUUGUCUUAACGUAUCAAAAAUAACCCUGUAUGUACUAACAGUGAGAAAAAGCUGAGUUCUUGAUACGCUAAAAAAUCAUCUUUCUAUAAACGUCCCACUUUUUGCAAAUGACUUGUAAAUGCUAUUUGACCAUAUACCAGUUUCUUUUUAUGUCACGGUUAAAUUGUUCUGUUACAAAAAUAUACCUUAUAUCCAUAGAUGUUUAACGUAAUUUUGACAAUUUCGCGUAAAAAAACGUUUUUGAACUAAUGAAAAUCGAACAAAAUUUUUAAAUAAAUUUUUAAUUUAGGUCAUUUUUGCUUUUUAAACUGCAAAUUUUAACUGCAACUAACAUUUAACUUUAAAACAUUACCCACUUUUGACUGUUUCAAAGCCCGUAACUGUCUGUCCAUUCACUCCAGUAUUACAGCUACAUAAACAAAUUUCUUGUUUUCUCGACGGUGCCUUUUUAUAUUUUGCAUAUUGUAAUGUUUUAUUCUUACACACAUGUUUGUACAGCAUUGUGCUAAUGUCAUAUUGUACCAUCUUCCCCCAUUCAAGUAGGUUGGGGUAAGAUGGUCCAUGUUUUCAUUCUGAUUUAUUGCAAUAUUUACAGAAUUUUAUAACAAAAUUUUCACGACUUUAAAAGAGUCGUUAACCGUUAAAAUUACAAUAUAUGUAUAUGUUGUGUGGUAAUGGUAUCCCAUCUUACCCCACAGUACUAUACCCUUAAAAAAUCCAAACAAUCUACAAGAAUUUACUCUUUUUCUGGUAACGUAUAAUUUUAUAAUAUCUAUAAAUAUAUUGCAUACCGUAAUUGCAUCGUUGUUUUGGUACCAAAUGUUUAUCCUUGUAUUUACCUGCUUUUUUAUUCUAAAUAUUACAGCGUCUCCCUAUGGUAGCUGUAGAAUUAGUGACCAAUAAAACGUGUGAGUUGCAAA